GGACAAACAUGUGGAAGAACCCAGCCGAUACGAUCGGACUGCGAAACGACAAAUCUCUGCCGGAAAUCUGGACGACUACCAUCGCCAUCGUUGCCAUCGCCGCCUUCGUCACCGGUCUCUACGCCGUCGGUAUCGUCAACGUCGGCAUCGUCAACGUCCAGACGCCGACGCGGAUUCGCGUCGUUCCGUUCGAGAAACAACAAACGACGUCCCCGUCCGCGUAUUCUCGCCGAAACGAGACGAUCUCGCGAGAUCUCCCGAGAAGCUGCCCGCCGGGAAGGCGACGCAGACUUCCGGAUUGCAUCAUCGUCGGCGCGGCGAAGUGCGGAACGUACGCGCUGCUCGACUACCUCUCGCUAAACCCGCUUGUCGUCGCUCGCCGACGCAUCCCGAUAGAGAUCAACUACUUCAACGUGAACUACGGACGAGGCGUGGAGUGGUACGCGCGCCAGAUGCCUUGCGCAGCCGACACGGAAGUCGUCGUCGAGAAAUCGCUGUAUUUCGGCAAUGCGAGCGUGCCGACGCUGGUUGCUGACGUCACGCCCGACGUUCGUCUGCUGUUGGUCGUCUGCGACCCGAGGACGCGUUCGUCGACGCGCGCACGGGAGCCGUGA